CCGUGUGCCGCGCCGCCAGCUGCCGCACACUCACGCAGUUCUUACGGCUGCGUCCUGCUGCCGGAGCGGCACUCUCGGAUCGGAGACCGAUGCAAGUCAGACUGCUAACCCGUCCAAAAUAAAAGAAAAACAAAUGUUAUACGGUGAAAUGUAAAGACAUUUGGAAGCGCGGAAGUCCUCGUCUGAAGCCGCCACAGCGGGUUUGGCUUGUGGGUAACCCGCCUGCCUGCCCGCCUGCCUGCCGGCGAUGCGAGCAGGACCGUCGGGGCAACCAAUGCGUGUGUCGGAGGAGACGAGCAGGGCGCACUGGAAGGGAGAGCUUGGAAAGCAACUGUUUUGACUUCAAGAACAGUUUUCUUUUGAUAAUGGAAAGAAAUGCUAGCCAACAUUUUUAGUUAAAGCGAGAGAAGAGUUCGAGGGAGCCGUUUGUCUGCGAGAGAAAAAGCAGAAACAAAAAAACUUAAAACUACCGCUUUGGAUGAGAGCUGCGGGGCUGGCGCUGACAGGAGAUGAACGAUGCACAGUAACAUGGAUAUACUGAAGGGGAUAAGCAUCAGCAAGCACCGCUGGAGAUGUAUUCCGAUGAACAGUGAACAUUACUGGGGAGGACAAAGCCAGAAUUCUAUGCACAUGUGAUUGGAUCUGAGCUUGCUCUGACCUGAGACCAUUAAAAUGGAGUUGCUAUGGAAACUCAUAGUGCUGCUGUCAUUGGUGGAGUAUCUAACAGGAAGCGGAGUCCUGCUAAGGCCCGUAUUCACUAAGCAACCAGGCAGUGUGGUGUUUCCCAUUCAGCCUGGCGAGAAUCGGAGAGAGGUGGUGUUUAGCUGUGAGGCCCAAGGACACCCGCCGCCCUUCUACAGGUGGAUGCUGAAUGAUUCUUUCAUCCUGCCCAUGCCAGGCUCACGUUUCUCCCUCAUGGGUGGGAACUUACACAUCACCAAUCUGAAUAAAGACGAAGAUGUGGGCAUCUAUCAGUGCUUCGCAUCAAACUCUUUUGGCACAAUCAUCAGCAGAGAGGCCAGUCUUCAUGUUGCUUACUUGGAGAAUUUCAAGACCCAGAGAAGAAAUCCAGUGAGAGUUCGUGAAGGUCAAGGAGUGGUUCUUCUGUGUGGCCCACCCCCUCACUCAGGAGAACUCACCUUCACAUGGAUCUUCAACGAGUACCCGUCUUUUGUCGUCCAGGACACGCGACGAUUUGUCUCCCAGAAGACGGGCAACCUCUACAUCGCUAAAGUGGAGCCCUCUGAUGUGGGCAACUACACGUGUGUGGUCACCAACAUGGUCACCAAAAGCAGCGUUCAGGGACCACCGUCACCUUUAGUCCUCCGGCUUGACGGUGUGAUGGGUGAAUACGAACCAAAAAUUGAAGUGCAGUUCCCUGAAGUCGUCCCUGUCGCUAAGAGCUCAACCGUCAAACUUGAAUGUUUUGCACUUGGAAACCCGGUGCCAACCAUAAGCUGGAAAAGGGUUGACGGGGCCCCUUUUGGCAGGAAGGUGGACUUGAAUAAAGCCAGCGGAGUCUUAGAGAUCCCUUAUUUCCAACAGGAGGAUGCAGGGAUGUACGAAUGCAUUGCAGAAAACAGCAGAGGAAGAAACUCUGUUAAAGGAAAGCUGUCUUUCUAUGCUCCACCACAGCUGACAGAGAAGCCUCAGGACGUCCAGAAGACCAUCGACGACACUCUAGUGUGGGAAUGCAAAGCCAACGCUAAGCCAAAACCCUCGUACCGCUGGCUGAAGAACGGAGAGCCCCUGGAUUACAUGGAGCAGGACAGAGUUCAGGUGAAUAACGGAGUGCUGACAAUCAACAACUUGAAUCUGGCUGACAUUGGGAUGUACCAGUGUGUGGCGGAGAACAAGCAUGGCCGCAUCUUCACCAAUGCUGAGCUCAGAGUCAUUGCUAUUGCUCCCGACUUCUCCCAAAACCUGUUGAAGACACAAACGUUGGCCCGACAGGGCGGCGAUGUCCUGAUCGAAUGCAGGCCCAGGAUGUCUCCUCGCGGCGUGAUUUCAUGGAGGAAGGGGAACGAAGCCCUGCGCGAGAGCCACAGAAUCAUGGUGCUGGAUAAUGGAAGCCUGCGGCUAUCCAAUGUCACUAAAAUGGAUGCUGGGAUCUAUACGUGUGUAGCCAGAAACCAGUUUGGAGUAGCGAGCAGCUCUGGAAGCCUUUUCGUUAAAGAGGCAACCACGAUCACGAGUCCAGCAGGGCACCUGGAUGUGACCGUUGGAGAGAGCAUCGUGCUGCCCUGCCAGGUUUCGCACGAUCCGACUCUCGAUCUGAAGUUCACCUGGUUCUUCAAUGAGCAGGUCAUCCACUUUGGAAGUCAAGGGGUCUAUUUUGAAAAAGUCGGUGGGCGUUCAGCAGGUGACAUCAUGAUCCGGAACAUCCAACUGAGUCAUGCUGGGAAAUACACCUGUGCGGUUCAGACCAAGGUGGACAGCGUGUCCAUUGCUACAGAUGUGGUUGUCAGAGGUCCUCCGGGCCCACCUCUGGAUUGCCAGGUCACUGAGAUGACUGAGACUACUGCCUCUCUUUCCUGGAGGCCAGGGCUGGACAACCACAGCCCCCUCCUCAGCUACACCAUCCAGGCUAGAACACCCUUCUCUCUUGGAUGGCAAACCGUCGCCACCGUACUGGGACUGUUAAAGGGGAAGCAGCUCUCAGCCACGGUUACUGACUUGAGUCCCUGGGUGGAUUAUGAGUUCAGAGUUUUGGCAACCAACAGCGUUGGAACAGGAGAGCCCAGCAAACCCUCGAAGAAGACCCGCACCAAAGAAAUGCUUCCCAGAGUGACUCCAGCGAGGGUGAGUGGAGGUGGUGGAGGACGAUCAGAGCUCGUCAUCACAUGGGAACCGGUUCCCGAGGAGAUGCAGGGCGGUCCGGGCUUUGGCUACGUGGUGGCGUUCCGCCCACUUGGGGCUCAGGGCUGGAUGCAGGCUGCCGUUACGUCCCCUGAUGCUUCAAGAUACGUAUUUAAGAACGAGACCAUCCCUCCCUUCUCCCCUUACCAAGUCAAAGUCGGCGUUUACAACAACAAGGGGGAAGGACCUUUCAGCCCGGUUACUACCAUCUACUCAGCAGAAGAAGAACCCAGCAGAGCUCCAGUGAGGCUGAGGGUGAGGAGUGUUUCAGCAUCUGAAGUGGAGGUCACCUGGAAGCCGCUGGCGUGGAGCAACAGCCGCAGACGUAUCCUCGGCUACGAGCUGCUGUACUGGGGAGAGAAGGAAAAGCCGGAUGCAGCCAGCGUGGUCAGAACAGAGGGGAAUAAAACAUCAGUACUCAUCAGGGAUCUGGAGGGCAGCAGUACCUAUUACAUGUCCCUGCGGGCCUAUAACAGUGCCGGAGUGGGUCCACAGAGCAGCAUAGUCAAUGUCACGACCAAGAAACCACCUCCCAGUCAAGCCCCAGUUAAAAUCAUGUGGAACACGUCCAACUCCAAAGUCAUUCUGCGGUGGGACCAGGUGCACGCCUUGGAGAACGAGUCCGAAGUCACGGGAUACAAGGUGAUGUACAGCCAGGACAAACACAGCCGCCCUAGCGUGGUGGAGACCAACAACACCUCCUUGGAGUUGUCGCUCCCAACCAACCAAGACUAUGUCAUCCAAAUUAAACCGUUCAGCGAGGGAGGGGAGGGCAUCAGCAGUCGCCAGAUUACCAUCCCCAAAGUGGAAGGUUCCAUAGCAACGGGAGCAGCUCCAGAGUCCUUGGGAUUUUCAGCGGUGAGCCUUGGAGCUGUAGUUCUCACAGGCAGAAUGCUGCUAUGACAAACAUCCAGAUAUUGCAGCUUCUUAUUCAGAGUGGAAGGACAGCAGGUCAGAGACGACACAAGGCCUAAAGCCUAGUUUCCUCCUGCUCCCUUCUCCACCCUACCAUGUCUCUCCUCUCUGCCCCACAAAAGGUCUUCUUUGUGAGCGAAGAUCCUUUUCUUCACUUUUCUAAAGUGGUUGCUGAAAGGAAGUGCCGCUUUCAGAAUUUGCUUUUGUGAAACCGAAAGGGACGCCUUGACUCGACUGACUCCAGCCUUUUUUUGAAGAUGAGUUUUUCUCAUCUACUUUCUAACUAGUGGAUAUUCUUGUAUGUUUUUCACCUUGGAGGAUAAAUUAGUACAUGUACAUGCUCUCCCAAAGGAAUUGUGCGGGUUAUUUUCUAAAAGGAUUUAUUUAGUCUGUGUACCACUGAGCUUUUCCUUCAGAAAACGGAACUGAGAGUGGAGGCGACCUACAUCGCUUACUUGCUUAUCUAAAGUGGAGAUUUACUUUAUUGGAAGUGAGAAGUGUUUCUCUUUGAGAGGAAAUGCUCAUCCCAUCAAAUGGAAUAAAAAAAAAAAGUGGGGAUUAAGCUUCACUGCUUUAAGACAAAACAGAAUUUGGGACCCUUCUGCUCUUUCCUGCUUCGAUUCCUAACAUUACAAGUGGCCAUAAAACUGACUGGAACCAAAGUGGCUGCCACAGUGCAGCUAUACCUGCUGCAUUGUGGGAAAAGGCAGCCUGUACUCACAUUGCUUAAUUUCUGUCAAGCAGCUGGCUUGUGUAAAUGAUAAAUGUCCCAUCUGGCUCCGUCAUCAGUGUACAACCAAGACAUACAUGUAUGAAAUCCUCAGGUCCCAAAUGAGCCUUAAGUCUUAUGAUUACCAUCCGACUUAUCAUUCAGGACAACGUUUGUUUUUGUUGGUCCACCUUGUAUCUUAGCUCUCGCUGAAUCAUAUCUUUGAAUGUUUCGAACUUGGGGGGAGGGGAAACUAAACGCUUUUUGUCGUCUUUCUGUCCUGAUGAGCAUUGUUAUACAAUAGGUGGUCCUGUUUUCUGACUUUUCUAGCAGUUUAUAUCAAAACCAGCUCAGUGUUUCACUGUCGGUUGGUCAACGUGUGUGUGUGUGUGUGUGUGUGUGUGUCUUGCACACACACAAGUGGUUUGAAAGGAUCAGUCUGCUUUGAAUAAAGAUCAUGCCAUUUUCCUCAUUUCUGUCCCCGUUGUAACGUUGGGCCAAAUGUUCUUUAAAUUAAAGUGUUGCCUUUCAUUUCGCUCAUGCGGUUAAGAUUUUGACAACCUUUUACAUCACUUCUACAUCUCUACCUUUUGCCUUCUGAAAUAUUACACCAACAUAAAAAUGCCCUUUGUUACUCCA